CGGAGCCGCUGGGGGCGCGGGGCCGGUGGCUGCCGCGGGGCGGUGCCCGGCGAGCCGCGGCUGCGGAGAACUGGAUACACAUGCUGAAUUUCAUUUGUGAAAGGUGGAGUAAGAGCCUGGGCACCUGACUCUGGCAUCAGUGCUGAAUGCCUGAAACUGGAUGGUGCUACAGCCUCAGCUUAGGAAGUAAUGCAACAACUUUUCCUAUGAAGAGAGAGUUCAGCAAUGGAAGAUUUUGAAGGAGAAAGGCCUAUAUGAGGAUGUGGAUUUAACUGAUAUUAUGAUAUACGAAAUCCCUCCCCACAUAAGGAAAAGAGCCCUCUCAUGGUAAUGUUAGAGGAAUAGCAGCUGGAGACAACCUGCUGCACUCUGCUACUCUGUGAGACAACCAUCAGUAAAGCCAAGCAGCAAAAGAAGGGCUCUUCAUGAGAAAAUGACAGCAAGAGAACACAGCCCCCGCCAUGGUGCCAAGUCCCGCACUGUGCAGAGGGCCUCCACCAUUGAUGUCACCUCUGACAUGGUUGGCCUUUCUCUAACAGGAAACAUUCAGGAUCCAGAUGAGCCGAUUUUAGAGUUCAGUUUAGCUUGCAGUGAGCUGCUAACUCCAUCGCUAGAUCGAAAACCAAAUAGUUUUGUAGCAGUGAGUGUAACUACGCCUCCCCAGGCAUUCUGGACGAAGCAUGCACAGACAGAAAUUAUUGAGGGAACAAGUAAUCCUAUCUUUUUAAGCAGCAUUGCCUUUUUCCAAGACUCUCUUAUCAAUCAAAUGACACAAAUCAAACUCUCCGUGUAUGAUGUUAAAGACAGAUCUCAGGGAACAAUGUAUUUGUUGGGUUCUGGGACGUUCACUGUAAAGGAUCUUCUUCAGGAGAAGUACCACAGGUUGCACAUAACACUAAGGUCCUCCUCCAAAAAAAUCUCAACGCAGAGUAUUUGUUGCAGGUCGGCUGAAAGUGACCGUGUUGGUAACAUCACAGUUAUUGGAUGGCAGAUGGAGGAAAAAUCUGACCAAAGGCCUCCAGUGACAAGGUCACCUGAUACAAUUAAUGGAAGGACUGUGUUGCCAGUUGAUGAAAGUUUAACAGAAUCCUUAGGAAUCAGAUCCAAAUAUGCUUCAUUGAGGAAGGAUGCACUACUGAAAUCUGUGUUUGGUGGUGCCAUUUGCCGAAUGUAUCGCUUCCCAACCACUGAUGGAAACCACUUGAGAAUCUUGGAGCAGAUGGCAGAGAGCAUCCUGUCACUGCACAUCCCUAGACAAUUUGUGAAGCUGCUUCUAGAGGAAGAUGCAGCAAGGGUUUGUGAACUAGAAGAAUUGGGAGAACUGUCUCCUUGUUGGGAAAGCCUUCGUCGACAAAUAGUUACACAGUACCAAACAAUUAUUUUAACUUACCAGGAAAAUCUGACUGACCUGCACCAGUAUAAAGGUCCUUCAUUUAAAGCCAGUAGCUUGAAAGCUGAUAAAAAACUGGAGUUUGUUCCUACAAAUUUACAUAUACAGAGGAUGAGAGUCCAGGAUGAUGGAGGAUCAGAUCAGAACUACGACAUAGUCACCAUAGGAGCACCAGCAGCUCAUUGUCAAGGCUUUAAAUCAGGUGGCUUGCGGAAAAAGCUACAUAAAUUUGAAGAGGCAAAGAAACACAGUUAUGAGGAGUGUUGCACUUCAACAGGUUCCCAGUCUAUAAUAUACAUCCCACAGGACAUUGUUAGAGCAAAGGAAAUUAUUGCACAAAUCAACACCCUGAAAACGCAAGUCAGUUACUAUGCAGAAAGGCUCUCAAGAGCUGCCAAGGAUAGAUCAGCUAAUGGCCUUGAAAGAACACUUGCCAUCCUAGCAGAUAAGACCCGGCAACUUGUCACAGUUUGUGACUGCAAGCUGUUGGCAAAUUCAAUACAUGGACUAAAUGCUGCAAGGCCAGACUAUAUAGCUUCAAAAGCAUCUCCAACCUCUGGAGAAGGGGAACAAGUGAUGCUAAGGAAUGAUCAAGAUACACUUGUGGCCAGAUGGACCGGAAGAAAUAGCCGAUCUUCUCUGCAGGUGGACUGGCAUGAAGAGGAAUGGGAGAAAGUUUGGUUGAAUGUUGACAAAAGUCUGGAGUGUAUCAUACAGCGAGUGGACAAACUUCUCCAGAAGGAGCGCCUGCAAAGUGACAGCUGUGAAGACGUUUUCCAGUGUGACGUCAGCAGUACUAGUAAGAAAGGUAAUCGGGACAGUCGUGCCUACUGGAUAAAUCCAGAAGAUUUAAAUGAGACCUCAUCAUCCUCACCACCUUCAUCAUCCUCACCACCAUCUUCAUCCACACCAUCCUGUGCAUGCCAUUCUCUCGAGACAAAUUGCAGCCCUACUCCGGAAGAAUCUGCCCCAGGUGAAUGGAGUGAAGCUCUUUAUCCCUUGCUGACCACACUCACUGACUGCGUAGCCAUGAUGAGCGACAAGGCCAAGAAAGCCAUGGUGUUUUUAUUAAUGCAGGACAGUGCCCCGACAAUAGGGCUCUGCCUGAGCCUUCAGUAUCGCAGGGAUGUUGUCUUCUGCCAGACUCUGACAGCUCUCAUUUGUGGUUUCAUUAUCAAGCUGAGGAACUGCCUGCAUGAUGAUGGAUUUCUAAGACAACUCUACACCAUUGGCUUGCUGGCACAGUUUGAGAGCCUGCUGAGCACUUAUGGUGAGGAGCUGGCAAUGCUGGAGGACAUGAGUUUGGGAAUCAUGGACUUGAGGAAUGUAACCUUUAAAGUAACGCAGGCUACAUCAAAUACAUCUACUGACAUGCUGCCAGUCAUCACUGGAAAUCGUGAUGGAUUUAAUGUGAGGAUCCCUCUGCCAAGCGCCUUGUUCGAUUUGUUGCCACGUGAGAUUCAAAGUGGAAUGUUACUGAGGGUUCAGCCUGUUCUUUUCAACGUGGGAAUCAAUGAACAGCAAACCCUAGCAGAGAAGUUUGGAGACACCUCACUGCAAGAAAUAAUUAACAUGGAAAGCUUAGUGAGGUUGAAUUCAUAUUUUGAGCAGUUCAAGGAAGUUUUGCCUGAUGAUUGUCUACCUCGAUCUCGUAGUCAGACGUGCCUGCCUGAACUGUUAAGAUUUCUGGGACAAAAUGUUCAUGCAAGGAAAAACAAGAAUGUUGAUAUCCUUUGGCAAGCUGCUGAGAUAUGCCGCAGACUUAAUGGUGUUCGAUUUACGAGCUGUAAAAGUGCCAAGGAUAGGACUGCCAUGUCCAUCACCCUGGAGCAGUGUUUGAUCCUACAGCAUGAACAUGGAAUGGCUCCACAGGUCUUCACUCAGGCUCUGGAGUGUAUGAGGAGUGAGGGUUGUCGCCGAGAAAAUACAAUGAAGAAUGUUGGAUGUCGCAAGUAUGCGUUUAAUUCCCUGCAACUGAAGGCUUUCCCAAAGUAUUACAGGCCUCCAGAAGGAACUUAUGGAAAAGUUGAAACAUAAGCAUACUAUGUCCUUUAAUUGCUGUUCCAUUAAACAUGUGGAUACACUCUAGAUUGACACAUGAUUUCAUCAUCCAGAAGAGAUAAAUAACCUUUUUGUAUGUUUCGUAAGGUCAUACAGAGCAUGUUACUGAAUUGGAAUCUAUAGUAACAAUUAUUCUGACACCUUAGCUUGAGAAUAGUGUGAUGACUCUCUGCCCGUUUCAAUAGCCUUCAGUGUAUGUAAGAUGAGCAGAUAUUGUGCUACUUAAUAAUUACCUAUAUGCAAAUAGCUAAGUACCCCCUGGAUGGGCAAGGACUCUCGGAACGGCAUUUAGGCAGCUGUUUCCAUAACAUCUUUUUAUACUGAGUUGAUUUCAGAUUGAGCUUUUCCUAAACUUUUUAAAACUGAGAGUAAAACUCAAAAGUUGUAAAUAAAAAGGAUCCUAGACAGUUUAGUAACUGUAGAGCGCAUUGUUACAAUCAAUAAAAGGGGGUUUGAUUUUAAAAAAUCAGCACAAUAAGAGCCAGGAGAAAGAAUUGUUUUACUGUAUAUAGGAUGCCACCUUCAUGUAUGAAAUUAACAAUAUAAAAAAGGCCAGACGUGAGGUCUAGUUUAUAAUUCUGUUAAAAUAAAACAAAUUCCUGUCAUCUUUGGCAGAUAAGGCCUUGGGCACACAACUGAUUUUUAAAAGUAUUUCAGAAACAUCAUGAUGCUUAACUGUUAAUGCCAGGAACAGUUCCCUGUGCCCUUCCCCACUCUAAGGCAAGUGCAACAAGCAAGUUGCUGAUGUUGCACAUAAUGUGUUCAGUAUAUUCCAUGGUGUUGUACAUUAACUAACACAUUUUUACCCAUGGUUUUUCUAUAUCACUUCUGGAUUGUAAGCAUCAGUAUCUCGGGGUGCUAUGUUAUUUUGGUCAGCGUACGAUUUUUCUGUAUCAGUUUUGUAUGUCAUUAUCAAAAUGCUCAAAGUGCCCAAUGCAUCCCCCUUGCUUCAAAAUCAAAAAUCAUCCCCCCUUGCUUCAAAAUUGGUUUCUGUUUACCUUUGCAUUUCACCUGUUGAGCGUCCUGGUGGGGGGGUGUGGCCGGUGUCAGGGUAUUUCUGAGGAAGGUAGCAAUGCCCUGUGUUGACAGAGAGGAACUGCUCAGUGCUAGUGCUUGUGCCUGAGAACCACAGGUGGGUUCUAGCUUAUGACAAAGGUGGUCAGUUGGAUAGCAUUUGAUAAAAAAUGUUCAACAGAUCUCCUCUGAAAUAAUCUCCCAAAGAAUGCCUUUGAAGCUAAGAUAGCAUUUUAAAAAGCAGCUAAAUGUUCAUUUCCAGAUUUUAACAGGAUCCAGUAAUCUCUAGCUAGUUUCAUUCAGCACAUGUCCUUUCCUUCUUGGUUUCUAAGAAUCUGAGAUUUAGAAUAGAAAAAAUCUGCCCAUUUAUUCUUGUGGGAGUAGCAACAGCCAGGUAAGUAUAUGGCUGUUUUCUGAUUUCUUUCUCCCUCUCACUGAUGUUUGUCUGUGCUGUCACUGCUCUAUCAAUCAGCCAUGUUCAUUCUGCUCCCAUGUAGGUUUGGGGGUUACAGGUCCAGCAGUUUUUGCAUUUUGCUUUUUGCAGUUUAACACUGAGCAGCAUGUCAGGUCAGAGAGUUCUGCUGAACUAGGCUGUUACCAUUAUUUUAGGCUCUUUAGGAUAACAAAACAUGGAAUUCUGUGCAAAAGCAAUGUAUUGUAGUACCUACCCCAGGUCUGAACAAAUCACCUACAGUAGAACAGUCCCUCAGAAAUGUUACAAACCCUGUUUUCCAAUUAAUAAAUGUUUAUUUUGUUUUACUUUUUGCUAAUAAGUAAACAAAUAUAUGAUGAAAAAAUUUUCAAUGGGAUCUCUUUAGACAUGCUACUCCAUUAGUUCUGCUCAGCCUUCAGUACCUGGCCCAUUUUUAAAUGCUACUUUAUUUUUGUAUAAACUAUGCUCUUUAUAUCCCUUAGUUUUUAUAAGUUGAUAAUUUUAUUUUGUCUGUUUCAAAUGUGGUUUAUUUCAAGUCCUGUAUUGUUACACUAAAAAUCUCCCGAUGUUCAGCUUCAGAAGGAAAUAACAAAUGUCUCUUGUAUCAAUUAGCAGCACCACUCUCUUAGACGGUGGCCAACAAUCAUUAGACCUGCUAUAGAGCUUAGCAAUCCUUUAUUUAUUUUGUAUAGCAGUGUAAUCUGAAAAAGUUGCUGAAUUUUGCCUGCGCGCGGUGGAGCUGCAGCCCCGGGUGCCGCGCAAUUGUGCCGGGUGCUGAGCUGCUGAGCGCCGUGUCCCCGCGGCGCGCCCUGGACACGGCACUGGGAUGGACACAGCACUGCCAGGAUGGACACGGCACUGCCAGGAUGGACACGGCACUGCCGGGAUGGACACGGCACUGCCGGGAUGGACACGGCACUGCCGGGAUGGGCACGGCACUGCCAGGAUGGGCACGGCACUGCCAGGAUGGACACGGCACUGCCAGGAUGGACACGGCACUGCCGGGAUGGGCACGGCACUGCCAGGAUGGACACGGCACUGCCGGGAUGGACACGGCACUGCCGGGAUGGACACGGCUCGGGCUCCUCCCGAGGGCAGCGCCAACAGCGAGGGCUCGAGCGGUGCCUCCAGAGAAAACUGUGACACGUGAAAUCCACAUGGGACCUUCACAAGGGGGAAGGGAGCUUUUCUGUUGCACAGGAGAGGCAAAUCUAAGGAUUACUGUAAAAUGAAGUUCUGUCUAAUGUUCCUUUUUUGAGUACAUUUUUUAAAUUAUAAAACAUACAAAGGUAAAAGAAGAAAACUUGCCAAGUAUGUUCUGUGUAUGUUCUGUGAAAGUACCUACAGCACAGUUGCCUUUUUUUCAUUUAUACGUGUAAAAUUAUUGUAUUAUAUGACACAGUUUUGUCCCAACACGACUGUAUUUGCUAAGCUUUGUGCAUUGAAAUAUUUUUAUUUAUUUGGUUUUGGGCAGUAUUACUAUAUCAUAAACAUAUGGCUACUGUUUUAUAUAUUCUAGUUCAUCCAAUCCAUGUAUGCUGUAAAUGUGCUAGUCUUUAGGAUGAAAACCAAUAAAGAACUGACAAGAAUAACAA